AUACAGGUUCGAAAUAAGAAAAUAGAAUGGGAAUCAGAGCUUGUUGCUUCCCAGGAUUGCUUGGCUAUCAGGGAGCAAGAACUAUCACAUGCGAGGUCGUUGUUGGAUCAGAAACACCAAGAAGUUGGCGUCCUUAAACACCAGUUGGAAAGUUAUGAAACGGGGCAGAAAAGUGUGGCAUCACAAUACGAGAUCCAACUUGAUAACUUGAAAGGCCAACUCAAGAAUUUAAAGGAAUCUCACGAGAAAAUGAUUCGUCACCGAUCAAAAAAGAACCAAAGUUCCGCUGAAAAAGAGAAAGAGUUGACACUGGAAGUCGAACGAAUGAACGCAGAGUUGAAAGAAAAAAGAUCCGUUAUUGUGGAACAUGAGAAACAAACCAGUGAAUGGGAUAUUAGGAAAAGGGCGUUGCAACACCAGAUUGAAUGCUUGGAGAAACAGAAGCGAUCGAUCGCCGUCAAUUACGAGCGCGUACAACAACAAUUAUCCGUGUCACAAACCAGGCUGAAGAAAAGCAACAGAAUGGUUGAAGAGGUGGAAAGAACGAGCCAAUCUCUGCUUCGUAAACUAGAAGAAGAACUGAGCAACGACAAGGAGUUGAUUCAACAACAGGAGCGGUUGAUAGGGGAGUUACAAUCUAAGACACGGGAGCUAAACUCCGCUCGGCACGCGGCCACGGGGGAAAAGUAUCGCUACCAGGAGGAGGCCGAUAAAGCUAAUUGCAAGUUACGAGUUCUCGAAGAAGAAGUGACAAAGUUACAAUCUGCUCUCUCUGCUCGCGAAUCAGCAUUACGUGGUUCUGAACACGAGAUAGCAGAGUUGAAAAAUAAAAACCUUGAACUGAUAACGAGCAUCCACACCAAGGAUAAACUAGUAGAAGCCAUGCAGGUUCGCUCCCCCUGUGAAGAGGAAGGAAGAUGAUCUUCAACAAACGGUUUUGCUCCUCGAGGCUUCCAUGGAAACAAUGCGCGAGACGGAGAAACAUCUUCGGGAGGAAGUUAAGGUCCUUAAUUCUCGGCUUAUUGAUGCGAGAAAUGAAACAGCGAGCUUGAACGAU